AUGUUCGCAAGUGGUGGGAAGCGGAAGAGAGCACGAAAGGAAAAGGGGCCGGUGGGGGUAUCAAAGUCUCCGCCUCCGAAGCAAGACAAAAAGGAGGUAGAGGAGAGUGGAAGGGUUGAUAUAGAAGAGCAAAACAGAGUGGAAGGUUGCUACAAUCAGAAUUUGUGGACUUCACUUACUGAGAAACAAGGAAAGACGUAUUGGUCGUCCUUCACGUGCAUCACAAUUACAAGGAAGGAAGAAAGUCCUCAAGCCGAGAUUGAUAAUUCUGCGAAGCGCAUAAAUGUGAAUCUACCGAAGAGUCAUCUUGGGAGGAUCAGGAGACGCGUAAAACGUACGGCUGUGUUGAUCUUUAUUUCGUAUGUCAGGAUGGUUCGACAUUUAAGACCAAAUAUAAGUUCCGGCCAUAUUUUUAUGCAGUCACCAAGAAAAAUGGCUCUGGUCUUUCAUCCUGAUAAAAACAAGUCCAUUGGUGCCGCUGGAGCAUCCGACAUUCUUACUAAAGCCUAUAAUGUCCUGUCAGAUAACGACAAGAGAUCAGCGUAUAAUCUGAAGCUGAAUUUUAGAGUUCCGCAGCCUCCAUAUCCAACUGAUAAAAGCGGUUUCUCUAAUUUCACCAGUAUCUCCAACUCACAGGAUGCAAGGAAUAUGGCGACUGAUACAAAGCACCGACACAGUCAAGGGCCUCAGCUACUGCCACAAGUGAACAUUACAAUCCUCCACUCUGGCCAAAGAAUUCCCAACAUGUUCUCUGUCCUAAAAAAAACUCAAAAAAACUGCCACCAGUUCUCCGUACGCUGCAACUCCACCCUAGCCAAAUUAUCCGAGAAAUACCACCACUGCCCAGAACAUCCCCAGUCAUCAGAAGGCUUCAGAAACCACCUCCAAUUCAAUGUCUGCUCGAACUCCAUCCCAGCCAAGAAAUCGGGCAACUGCCCAGCACACUUCUGA